GGGGCGGACUGGUCUGGGGCAGCGGCUGGGCCAGUACAGCUUCCUGCGGCGGCCGCUCUUCGGGGCCGGUCACCUCUCUGCCCUGACCCCACGGGAGCUGCCGCUUCUCCUGACCGACGGCUUCCUCUUCUCAGGUGCGUCGCUUGAUUUUCUCUGAGACAAGCCCACCCGUCCAGCAAAAUAGAGUCCCUCAGGGUGACGGUUGAUUUCCUGAAGGUGCCCCUUGGCCUGAAGAAGCCGGUGCUGAAGGAGGUGGCUGUGGGGCCCCCCAAAAGGCCCCAGCCUGUGGCCCUGGAGCGCUACAAGGCCCGGCGUUCGGACGCCAUGGACACGGAGUCCCAGUACUCGGGCUAUUCCUACAAGUCGGGCCACUCCCGCAGCUCCCGCAAGCACAGGGACCGCCGGGACCGACACCGCUCUAAGAGCCGAGAUGGGAGCCGUGGCGACAAGUCGGUGACGAUCCAGGCCCCAGGGGAGCCCCUGCUGGACAACGAGUCCACGCGAGGGGAUGAGCGGGUGAGCAUCGGGGGGUGUGGGGGCCAGGCCAGGUGUUUUCAGGCUGAUCCAUGAACCUGGAGGUCCGUCAGAGGGGAAAGGGCCUGGAACCCUGGUCUCUUCGGGCAGUGGCCCUAUCAGGGAGGGCAUCUUGUGUCACAUGUCCUGUGCUUGGGGUCCCAAGCGAGGACCUGUUUCAGUAGAAGUGAGGGAAUUUAGUAGAGAUCCCUUUGGAAGCCGCAGCCCCUUCCUCCUUUUCUCAGAGAGCUAGGGUGGAUCUGGGCUGUCUAAUGGGAAUUGCCUGGUUCCUCUGAGCUGAGGCCCGCGGGUCAGAUGGGCUGGGAACCUGGGGCAGGAGGGGGCGGUGGGUGCGGCCUGGGGGGGCGUGGGCAGCCCUGAGUUUUCCUGGAGCCUCAGGCAGGGGCUCUGCCGCGCCCUCUGGUGUCAGGCUGCAGAACUGCACCGUCUGGGUCUGGAGCUGGAAGCAGGUGUGGGAGGAGUCGGUGGAGAAAGGGGAGGUGAGAAGGGGGGGCCGCGGGAAUGACGCUGGUCACUCCGGGCGGGGUGAGCAGGUUGCUCCUGCUCUAAGCUCUGUGGCCCUCCGUGCUCACCUAGUAGGAAGGCCAGCAGGCAGACCUCAGUGCUGGAUUAGGGCAGGGGCAGGAUUUAGGGUGACUCUGAAGGCACCUCCCACUCUUCCUUCCCGGGACCAUCUCUGGCUGGAGACUCCCAGCUCCUCUUCCCUCACAAGAAAGCUGUGUGACCGACACCGGGACUUCCUGGGUCUUGGGAGCAGAUGAGUACUUGGGGGAAAUAGCCCCCCUCCCUCUUUCCCAAUCCUGCCUUCUCCCUGAGACCUGGCGCCCUGAGUUCUCCAGGGACCCCGAGACACGGUCAGCUCAGCCGCGGUGGGGGAGAGGGCAGGCAGUGUGUCUGGAGGUCAGCCUAGGGUGAGGAGUAGACCUUGAGCUGAAAGUGGUCGGUACACCCACUUUGUACCAUCAGGUCAGACUCUUCUGUCCUUGGGAGAGGAGAUUCGUCAACCCCCUGAUCACUGACCCUGCCGGGCAUCUCCUAUACUCCCCGUCCCGUGUCUAAGCCCUGUGACUCCGUAUCCCCGGGCCGUCUAGGAGUGAAGAGUGUGGGCACUGAUGGCCACUGGUGGUCUCGGGGCCCUUCUGUGGGAGGGUGGCCAGCGUCUGCAGAGAUAGCUCGAGUGGACCAGACUCAGGACACUUGGGGACCUUGGCCUGUCUACCCCCUUGCCUCCAGGAACAGGCGGCCACUGUGCUGUGGGCAUUCAGAUGGCAGGGCUAGCGGGGCAGACCAGAGACCCAGAGUGGCCCUGAGUCUGCCCAUCUCCCAUGCCAUGCACCGAUCAUCUGCCUUCCUCCCUGCUCCCUGCGUCCUCCGCCCUUCACCGCACUGCUUGUGUCGGGUCACUCCCUGAAUCAGAAACCUUGAGUGGCUCUCGAUGUCGGGAGGAUAGGCUCUCAGUGGUCAGCCUGGCCUGUCCGGACCCCACGGGCUGCCCCCCGCUCUGCUCCUGCACGCGGACCCUGCUCACUCAGUCUGCUGGCUGCCUCAGUUCACACUAACAUUUCAUGUUCCAGUGAUUCGUGGGGGGCUUGUCAAAAUGCAGAUUCUGGUUUAGUCCAUGCGGGGUGGGGCCUGAGACUCUGCAGUUCGGAGAA